UUAUGGAGUAAAAUUUGAGGCCGGCUGCGGCUAGACGUUUAUCAUCGUUAUCAGCAGGACGUUGGACAGGAUUAGACUUUGAAGGUCUGGUCAUGGAUGAGCGGAACGGGACCUCUCAGAACUUAUGUCAUAUACAACCUGUCCAUGAAGCAAUGCAAAAUCCUUCCAUUACCUCCAUUCAGAAUCAGAAAUGCUCGUUACACUAAUCUCCUGAGCGGCACUAUAGCUUUUGAUCCUGCAAAAUCAAAUUACUAUCAAGUUGUGGGUGUCUGCAGUGCAGACAUCAGCAAAGGUGUGCAGCAUGUUGAAAUCUACUCUUCAAAGACAGACUCUUGGAGGGAUGCAGGAGAUCCCUUACCUCUGUCUCUCCUGGGUACAUCGGAAUCUGAUGUGUAUUGGAAUGGUUCAGUGGACUGGCUUGACCAGGGGACGGCAGCUCUUCAUUAUUUUGAUAUUGAUUGUGGAUUAGCGAAGACAGUUGCAAUGCCAAAGCAGCCGUGUUCCGAAGGAGAUUAUAGUAGAAGUGUUGAGUACUUUGGCGAGUGUAGGGGACAUAUGCACCUUAUGGAGAUGCGCAAGGACGGAAAUGGCAUCCCCAGUUUUGACAUUUGGGAGAUGCAAAUGGACUUAUUCGGGAUGGAAUGUCAAGUAUUACGUUGAUCUUAGUCCGUCAACAACUGUAUACCCCGGCAUUCUACCAGAAAGAGAUUUUGAUUUGUAUGUGAUGCUUAUUGAGGAAGGCAAGGAUUCAUCUAGGUUGAUAUCAUGGAUACUGAACGACAAGGUGAUAUCCUUUGACCUUAAAAGUAAGAGUUUUAAGGAAAUGUGUGAUGUUAAUUCGGAUGUUUAUGCAGAGGGAUUUCAGUAUAUCGAAACACUUGCUCAUGUUUGAAUAUUACUGUGAAGCAGCAAAGCGAAAAGACUGAUGAUAUGAAAAUAAUAUUCCAGGGAUUACUAAAACAGCUAUUAGAAGAUUAGCAAGAAGAGGUGGAGUGAAACGUACCGGUGGCGGUGGAUCAGUCUAUGAAGAAA